CGCUGUCGUGAUAACGAGUGGAAUGGAACACAGCUUGGUACGCGUUAACCGUAAUAAUUCAGUCGUUAUAUUCGGCCUAACUCCGAUCUUUGUGGAAUAGAGAGCGCUAAAUUAUUCGAGUUAGCUACAUUUAUGUUUAUGUAAUCAGAUACCUAUUGUAUGUAGCUGGAACUUUGACUAGCAGUAGCAGGAGAGGAAUCAGCAUUAGCGUAGUGUAAUUGUAUACUGUAUAACUACAACACUAUAAGCCUCACGGUCUUGCUUGUUGCUGUUAAAAAAAUAAAAUCAAGUGAAAUGUCGGUAUUUGUGUUCGAAUUACUUUUGAGGACUUUAUUUUACAAAACAGUUGAUGGUAGUAACAGUUCCGAAAAAUGGAUAUUAGAUAAUGAGAGUAUGGUUUUUAAAACUUAUAAAAUAAUUAAUGCCAACGGGGAAAAUGCUCGUGUGAAAUUAAACAUUAAAGAUAGGACGAGUAUUUUAGUCAUUAAUUCAGAACUGAGAUCGGAUAAAGUAGAAGUUUCAUUGGGAAUUACAGACAUGCCUAUAGAUAUUUCUGUUUGUGAUUGUACGAAAAUAGGACAUGUAACUGAGAGUACUAUAUGUGCAAAAUAUAAUAAUCUCACUGUGGCGGUUGCAUUGGAACGGCAUAAUGAAAUUUCAGUUCAGUGUUACAGAAUAAAAUGGUUUGGGGAAGGGACUGAAAUAAUGGAUUGUUUAAAUUUUGGAAAAGCAUACCUAUACGGCGGAGGAGAGAGAUAUGAACAGUACUGGCCUUUGUGGAGUCGAGGUGAAUCUUUGAUUCCCUACAUUACUGCAGAUAAUUUCCACUGUUUGAAUGGACAAGGGUCAGUGAUUGAGAACUAUUGGAUAACUUCAUCAGGAUUCUCUGUAUUUGUUGACAGAGAAACACCCCUUGCUGUCAGUUUUAAUGACAGUCAAAGUGGCAGGCUAUGUUUUUCUGCAAUUUCUGAACAGCAUCCUUACAAGAAGAAAGAUAUUUAUGAAAAUAGAAAGCACAAUGAAGAUUUAAGUUAUACUAUUUGUUCUGGUUAUAAUAUAAAAAAAGUUCAAGAAUUUUCUUCUAAAAAAUGGUUUCAGAGACCUGAAAAGGUUCCAGAUGCCAAACUUUUCCAGCAUCCAGUGUGGUCAACUUGGGCAAAGUACAAGGCUAAUAUAAGUGAUGAAAUUGUUAUAACGUUUGCAAAUGAGAUAAGUACACAUGGGUUUUCACACAGCAUUUUAGGAAUUGAUGACAAAUGGGAAAGCUGCUAUGGUGAAAUGGAGUUUGAUAAACAAAGGUUUGGUGAACCCAAGAUAAUGAGCCAAAAGCUGAAAGAAAUGGGUUUUGAUACUUUAUUGUGGGUACAUCCAUUUUGUUCAAUUAUGUGUGAGAGUUUUAAAACUGGAGCCCAGCAUGGAUACUGGGUAAAAAAUGCCACAGGUCACCCUCUGCUUGUGAAUUGGUGGAAUGGAGUUGGAGCACACUUAGACAUUACAAAUACUGAAGCACAAGAAUGGUUUUUAAAACGACUAGAAACUCUUCAAAAUAAAUAUAAUAUUGAUACAUUUAAAUUUGAUGCAGGAGAAAUUGCUUGGCUUUCAGAAGGUUUUGUUCUUCAUGAUAAAAGAAUAGAAAAUACACCAAAUAAAUUUAGUCAGUUGUAUUCUGAAAUGGCCCAUAAGCUGGGAUCCAAGGUUGAAGUUCGAGUAGGAUUUGGUAGUCAGCAUGUCCCUAUUCUUGUUCGAAUCUUUGAUAGAUAUUCUUCUUGGGACUAUGGUUCUGGCUUAAAAAGCAUUAUACCAACAGUCCUAACACUUGGAAUAAUUGGAUAUCCUUUUAUUCUUCCAGAUAUGAUUGGAGGGAACAACUAUGGAAAUGAAUCAGCUACAAAUGUCUUACCAACUAAAGAACUAUAUAUCCGUUGGGUUCAAGUAAACACACUUCUGCCAACCUUACAAUUUUCAAUUGCACCUUGGCAAUAUGAUAAAGAAACUAUAAAGAUUAGUCAGAAUAUGGUGCAUCUCCAUCAAAAAUAUUCUUCUCUUAUCAUCAGUUUGGCAGAGGAAGCUGUUACUUCGGGAAAUCCCAUCAUCAGACCUUUAUGGUGGGUAUCUCCAGAUGAUCCUGAAACAUGGGUUUGUGACUCUCAGUUUUUAGUAGGCAAUGACCUUCUUGUAGCACCAGUCUUGGAAGAAAAUGCUCAACAUCGAGACAUCUAUCUACCCAAAGGAUUGUGGAGAGAGAUGAACAACAAUGAGAUAUAUAAUGGCCCUCGUUGGCUCAGACGACAUAGGGCCAAUCUAGAGCGCCUUCCACAUUUCCUGAGAGCAGUUCGAGGCCAUAGUGAACUUUAAGUUGGCCCAAAGUUUCAUGCUGGAUUUUUAUUUUCAAAAAUCAUACCUAAACUCAUCUAUUUCGUUACAGUGAUUAUUUUCUCUCUGCAAACAUUUUCCAAAUUAAUUAUUCUCUUAUAUUCCAUAAUAAAAGUAAUCAAUUUAGCCUGUUUUAUGUACAAUAUACAGGGCCCCAAAUCUGUUAUGAUUUAGUUUAUUUCUUCUUGCUUGGGAAGUGGUACCUGCCAACCAGACAGCCUGAUUAAUGUCUCUCAAAAGACUUGAAUCUAAAAAUGUAUUUGUUGUAUUUUUCAUAAACAAUAAGUGUUAAAUCACUGUUGAUGGUAGAAUUGCAUUUAUUACAUCUAACAUCCUCCUUAAUGUUAUUGUUUCAAGCUGUUUUUACUCUAGAUAAGGGCUGCAUUGUUUAAUUCUUGUUUAACAUAUAAAAAAAACAUGGCCUUGAAUAUAAUUUACUUUCUGUAUUUAAGAUGUACCUGCUGUUAUCAGUGAGUUGUUAAAAUUAUAUUGAUGCACAUGUGGAACUGUAUGCUGGAUGUUGUGGUGCUUGUGUGAUUUAUCAGCAUGUUUAAUAAACUUUUGACAAGGUAACUCAUCCAUUUUAUGGAGCUAUAGAAUAUUAAAGAUCCAUACCAAAAUUAUUAAUAUGUACCAACUUAAAUUUUCAUUUACUCUUUUGUGAAGGUUUUAGCAAUAACUUUGGUAGUUUACAAUAUACCAUCUUAUAUAUAUUACAACUACAAACAAAAGGUUUGUUUCAACCAUGAAGCAGUAGAAUAAUAAAAAAUAAAUAAAAGUUGGGCUGGAUAAGUAUUGUACAUAUUAUUUAUUUAUGUCCUCCAGACACAGAAUCCCACAAAGGAGUGUCACACUAAACAAUUCACACACACAAAUAAAACAUUUCAAUUAGUACUAAUAUUUUAAUUUGAAAAAGAUAGCUUUGUGUUGUUAAGAAAAAAGUGCUUAAAUAAAAUGUAAUCUUGCUAAUAAUUAUAGUUAUUUUUACAGAACAUAUCUGUAUGCUCUUACUCUAAGUGCCCUUAGCAUUACAUGUGACUUCUGGAAACUGAAGACAGUUUCAAUAUUAAGAAAUGAUGCUGCAGAGAGGGGAAGGAAGAGCUGGCCAUGGAUUGGUAAUUUUAAUGACAUCACUGUACUUAGUCUUCUAAAUAUGGAAAAGAUGAUAAAGCUUAACCCUAACAUCAAAGGCAUGAGAUGACUGUUUACACACAUUUUUCCAUAGAAAAUGCAUUCAUUAUUUUGAAGAUAGGACUAUAUUUACAUUUGUGUCAAGCUGUGCAUGAGCUACAUUAUGUGUAUGUUAUUAUAUAUAUACUUUAUACUUGCUUGUACAGUUUAUCAUGUUAUAUAAUAAUGAAAAUUGUUCUGAAACCAUGGUUAUAUAAUGUAUUAAAUAUAUUUCUAAUGUACACUUUUCAGUCUAUAACUCACAAGUUACUGAUGUAUCUAGAAAUAGUUUCAUUAAUUUUUUUAUGUAUUAUUAUUAUUAAUAUUAUGUGCAUAUUUGGUUAGUAACACAGGUACAGUAGUUAGCACACAUGUAAAAAGGAUUAAAAAUAAGUUAUAAUCUGUUUUUCAGAUGUUGAUUUUUGUUCUGUGAAGAAAAAUUUAUUUUUAUUUCAAAUUGUACAUGCCAGUAACAUUGUGUAACUAAACCUGGUUUUCAGUCCUUCAUGAUGAGUAAAACUGCCCUAAUACUUGGACUUAACUUUUAAAGUGAAAUGAUUUUGCUACUUACUUUCAUAUUUUAUGCUAAAUUUGAAUAAGAAAAUCAGUCAUGAAUUAUUCAUUAACAGGUACAACAACUGUAAUGUAAUUUAAAACUUAUUUUCAUAAUUUGAUGUGUGUGUGUAUAUUAAUAUUUGUAUUAAACUUGAUAACUUUCCCUGACAUUUGAGGUUUAAACUCUGCUUUGGUUGUAUCUUAUUUAUAAUUAAUUUUAAUGUGUGUGUGUGUGUGUGUGUAUGAAAUGUGAAGGAUAUAUUUUGUAGAAAGAAAAUUUUAUUUAACAAGACUACAGAAAACUGUAAAUAUUUCAGAAUAAAAGUGUUAUUAUACCAUAUCUUAAAAUGCUGCAUGAAAACUUUUGUACAUAUGUAAUUUUCAUGUAUAAAGCAGUGAUGGUUUUGAUGUAUUAAAAAGAGAAAAUGUAUGUUACAAAUAAAAUAUGCAUUCUACAGAUCACAGAAAAUGAAGUGAUUUAGUAGUUAAGUAAAAACCGA